AUGAGUGUGGAAAAUCCUACCAGUGAUAAUGACUGUGACUCCGGUAAAGUAAAUGGAGAUAAAAAGGAACACGUGAAUGGUAUACAUAACGGAUAUAGCAGUUCCGAGAAACAUAAAAGUAGCCAUAAAUCGUCAAGUAAGGACAAGCAUCGUGACAAAGAUCGCGACCAUAAGAGCUCCAAACAUAGCAGCUCCAGUGGCGACAAGCAUUCUAGCAGUAAGAAUCACAGCAGCUCACAUAAAUCUUCAAGUAAAGACAAAGAACGGGAUAGAGAACAUAAACAUAGGGAUCGUUCAGAGAAGGAUAAAGAAAGAAGUAGUGACAAAGAGAAACAUCGAGACAAAGACAAGGAGAAAGGCGAUAGAGACAGGGAUAGGGGUGAUCGUGACAAGCAUAAAUCCAAUAAUGGAGAAAAAAGAAAGGAUAAGGAACAUUUGUCAUCGAAGGAUCAUAAAUCUAAAGACAGAGACAAACACCGUGACCAUGAUCGACAGAGGAGUGACAAGGAUAAACACAAGAGCGAAAAGCACUCAAGUUCCAAAGAUAAAGAUAGACACAGCUCUAGUAAGCAUAAGGAGAAAGACAGAGAAAAGUUAAAAAUUAAAUCUGAUUCGGAUUCUCAAGAUUCACCAAGAAAAGAUGAUCCAUUGCAGAUUGAUGAAGCCUCUAUAAAGCUAGAGAUAAAAGAAGAAAGCGAAGAUGGAUUUGCAGGAGCAAAUACAACUGCCUCGUCAUGUGAUUACUCCCUUUCACAAUUUAAGGAUGAGCCUCUCGGUGAACUACCGGAUGAGAGUGAGAGUGAAGAGGAUAUUCCACUGACUGAACGCAAGGCAAUAAAGAAACGGGCUAUCAGUGAUGAUGAACAAGAUAUACCACUGUUGCAAAGGAAGAAACCUAAGAAAAAAAUUAAGAAAGAACCAGUUGAUUAUGAUGACGACGAUGAAGAAGAAGAAGAAAAACCUAAAAAGAAGAAGAAACAAGCAGAAAAACGAAAAGUUAAGACUGAACCAGAUGAAAUCCCUAGCCCCACCAAGCGAAAGAAGAAGGAUGGCAAAGACGAGGAACAAGAGGUUUGGAAAUGGUGGGAAGAGCAGAAAAAGGAUGAUGGAACAAAGUGGCGGUUUCUGGAACAUAAAGGUCCAGUGUUUGCACCUCCCUAUGAACCUUUACCACCUAAUGUCAAAUUUCGUUAUGAUGGAAAAGAAAUGCGGCUUUCUCAAGACAGUGAAGAAGUUGCUGGAUUCUAUGCUCGAAUGCUUGACCAUGAUUAUACAACAAAAUCUACAUUUAAUACAAAUUUCUUUAAUGAUUGGCGUAAAGUUAUGACAUCAGAAGAAGCAAAAAUAAUAAAGGAUCUUUCAAAGUGUGAUUUUAAGGAAAUGCAAACUUUUUUCCUUCAUCAAUCUGAGAAAAACAAAAAUCGUACAAAAGAAGAAAAGGCUACACUGAAAGCUAAAAAUGAAGAAAUACAGAAAGAAUAUGGUAUUUGUGUUAUUGAUGGGCACAAAGAGAAGAUAGGUAACUUUAGAAUUGAGCCACCUGGGUUAUUUAGAGGUCGUGGUGAGCAUCCAAAAAUGGGUAUGUUAAAACGGAGGGUUAUACCAGAAGAUGUGUCUAUAAAUUGUUCUAAAGAUAGUAAAAUACCCAAACCACCCCCAGGCCACAAGUGGAAGGAUGUCAGACAUGACAACACUGUUACAUGGUUAGCUUCAUGGACGGAAAAUGUACAAGGUCAAUCAAAGUAUGUUAUGUUAAAUCCAAGCUCAAAACUUAAAGGUGAAAAAGACUGGCAGAAAUAUGAAACAGCUCGUAAACUACACAAGUGCAUUGACAAAAUAAGAGACCAGUAUCGUUUGGAUUGGAAAGCAAAGGAGAUGCGUGUUCGCCAACGAGCUGUAGCAUUGUAUUUUAUUGAUCGUCUUGCUUUGAGAGCUGGUAAUGAGAAAGAUGAUGACCAGGCUGAUACUGUUGGUUGUUGCUCACUCAGGGUUGAACAUAUUGAAUUGCAUAAAGAAAAAGAUGGCAAAGAAUAUGUGGUUGUGUUUGAUUUCCUUGGUAAAGAUUCUAUCAGAUAUUACAAUGAAGUCCCAGUGGAGAAACGGGUGUUUAAAAAUCUCGAAUUAUUUAUGGAGAACAAAAAAGACAGUGAUGAUUUGUUUGAUAGAUUGAGCACUCAGACGCUAAAUGAGCAUUUGAAAGAUUUGAUGCCUGGUUUGACUGCCAAGGUCUUUCGUACUUACAAUGCAUCUAUCACUUUACAGAGACAACUUGAAGAAUUAACAGACCCAGAUGCUACUGUGCCUGAAAAAAUUUUAGCUUACAACAGAGCAAACCGUGCUGUUGCUAUACUUUGUAACCAUCAGCGUGCUGUACCUAAAGGUCAUUCAAAAUCCAUGGAGGCUCUCAAAGAGAAAAUACAAACAAAGAGGGAUCAGAUUGAUGAAGCCGAGGAAGAUUAUAGGCAAGCCAGCAAAGCUGCCAAACGAGGCUCUGUUAAGGAAAAACUUAACUGUGAUAAGAAAAAGAAAGCUUUGGAUCGCCUCAAGGAACAACUGAAGAAGCUAGAAUUGGAUGAAACAAAUAGAGAUGAAAACAAAACUAUAGCGCUUGGCACAUCAAAACUGAACUAUCUGGAUCCACGUAUUUCCGUAUCAUGGUGCAAAAAGCAUGGUGUACCGAUCGAGAAGAUUUACAACAAAACUCAGCGUGAUAAGUUCCGCUGGGCAAUUGACAUGGCCGGGCCGGACUAUGUCUUCUAA